UGAACCAGAUACAGACGCGCGCAGAUCUCGGCCACGCCCUCUGCGCGCCUGUGAUUGGUGUACACCUGUGCGCGAGCAGAAACAGCACCGGGGCGAGGUGAGGGUGUCCCGGCUGAGCUGCUGCGACGCGCCCUUAACAGCUGGACAUGAACCCGUGCAGAAAUCCACACAGGGUCGAGUAGGACUUUUGAAAUCUGGCGUCUCAGGAUGAUGCGUUUCCUGUUGCUGUUCAGCCGUCAGGGGAAACUGCGGCUGCAGAAAUGGUUCACGGCUCUCAGCGAUCGUGACAAGAAGAAGAUCAUAAGGGACGUCACACAGAUGGUGCUGGCGAGACCGCCAAAGGCCUGCAACUUCCUGCAGUGGAGGGAUCUGAAGAUCGUCUACAGAAGGUAUGCGAGUCUGUAUUUCUGCUGUGGUUUGGAAGAAGAGGACAAUGAGCUGCUCACGCUGGAGCUUCUGCACAGAUACGUCGAGCUGCUGGAUCAGUACUUUGGCAAUGUGUGUGAAUUAGACAUCAUUUUUAACUUUGAGAAGGCUUACUUUAUCCUGGAUGAGUUUGUCAUUGGUGGAGAGGUGCAGGAAACAUCCAAAGCAUCUGUGGCCAAAUCAAUGGAGGAAUCAGAUUCUCUUCAGGAGACAAUGGAGGAGUAUGUAAACAAACCAACAUACUGAAGGAACAUCUUCAGAUAAUCACAGCCAUUAUCUCAGUCUUCAAAGACAAAA